AUGAUAAAAACUCUCCCGCUAUCGACUCAGGCUGCCAUCGAAGCUUCAGAUGCUGCUCUUGUAGUCUCAACCAAUGCUCCAGGACUCUCACCAGCACCACCAUCCCCACCAUCCCCCGUGCCAAAAUUCACCACCGACGAAAUGCGAGCCUUCUUCACGAAUCAAGUCCUGGAAAAAACGAAAAACGACCCAGAAAAGGCCAAAGAGCUCGAGCAACGUGUCAGUGAGACAGUCUACGAGACAUUCGAAAUGUGCAAGAAGUUUGCGGAAACUGGAAAGCUGGAUCUAACGAGAAAGGACCAGAAAAUUGAGAGUCUGGAGGCGAGAAUCUCGGAUUUGGAGGCGAAAUUAGAGGAAAAACAUCAGGAAUACCUGAAAAAGGACCGGCAACUCUCGAAUUUGGAAACUGGAUACUUACGGCGUGGAUUGGGCAUCUCAAGACAUCAGCUGAGAAAUGGGCGGAGCGAAGGGGGCGGAGCCAAGGAAGAAAAGAAGGCGGGGCCUAACUCCGUUAAUCAGUACAAGUAG